AAAUACACUCCUCGGACAUCGUCUGUCCUUCCAUUUUGGGAUAAGUUCUUCUUAUAGGCAGCAUAGGGCGAUUACCAAUAUAGUAGUAUUACAUAUAUACAACGCACACAAAUUCCGGCCUAACCGCCGUUACAUUAAGCGUGUUCGGAUCUGAUUUUUUUUUUUUUAAUUUAUAUCGGUAUUUUGGAUGAAAGGGCAAUAGAGAAAAGUCUGAGUGCAAGUAAAAUAAAAAGAAGAAGAAGAAUAACUAAGCACACAGAACAGUGAUUGGUGUUGUUGUUUACUAAGCUUCCAGAGUCAAGUCAGGACUUGUCCUCGACUCCUACCGGCUCUUAAUUCGUUUUUAUUUAUUUUUUAAUUACGUAUACAAUUAAGAUGUUUCCACAAAGUACACAAAAGAAACACUGGAUGUUCAGCGAUGAAACCGACUUAACCACAUUAAGGGAGAAAACUAAUGCUGAUUUUAUUGUUAAGCACGGAGCUAACAUGAAUACAGAACAAAAGGAGGAACAUUUUCUCUCACAUAGUGAAGAACGUACACUACUUCGUUUCUAUGAAUUACAAUUGAGAGACUUCUGUCGACGUUUUAAUCCACCAAUGCCUCGUGCCACUGUGGCUACUGCCUUACAUUACUUUAAAAGAUUUUAUCUGAGGAACAGUGUAAUGGACUAUCAUCCAAAAGAAAUCUUGGUCACUUGUGUUUACCUAGCAUGCAAAGUUGAAGAAUUUAAUGUUUCUAUAUCCCAAUUUGUAGCAAAUAUUAAAGGUGAUAGAGACAAAGCAUCUGAUAUUAUUCUUAAUAAUGAGCUGCUUCUAAUGCAGCAGUUGAAUUAUAAUCUUACAGUUCACAAUCCAUUUAGACCUGUAGAAGGAUUGAUGAUUGAUAUAAAGACAAGGUAUAUGUCUUUGGAAAACCCUGAAAAAUUAAGACAAUAUAUAGAUGAGUUUUUAGAAAGAGUUUUUUUGACAGACAGUGUUCUUCUUUAUGCUCCGAGUCAAGUUGCAUUGGCUGCAACUUUACACGCAGCAUCCAAAGCUAAUGCAAACUUGGACAAUUAUGUUACUGAUAUAUUAUUUUCAAGAGAACAAUUAGGAGGAAUUAUAGAAGCUGUUCGCAAAAUACGCUCAAUGGCUAAAUGUGUGGAGCCACCAUCACGAGAAGUAGUAAGAGCUUUAGAAAAGAAAUUAGAUAAAUGCAGAAAUCAAGAAAAUAAUCCUGAUAGUGAAAUAUACAAGCAAAGAAUGCAAGAAAUGCUGGAUGAAGAAGAUUUGCAGGACAAUGAAAGAUAUGCAAAGAUUAUUCAAGAUCAGGCAGCCCAUGAUGAAAAAAUUUUGGGAGUUGGUAAAAUAUUGUCUCCUUCUGCUCUGUGAUAAUAAAUAUAAAUUUUGUAUAAUAGUUAUAAUAAAGAUUUUAUAUAACAUAAAA